UUUAUAUUUUUUUAGUACUAUAUCUCAAAAUAGAGCCCUCCAUAUGUUGCUAUUAGAAAGCCAAAGUAAUAAAACAAAUGCGUCUUAACAAACAGGAAAAGAACCUUUCAACUCUUAUGAAUUUGCCAUUCGACAGAAUAUUACUUCUCCCUUUCAUCUAAAAAAUAUGCAUUUGAUAUCCCAACUUAGUUGUGUAUAAAAACUAACUACUAAACCCAAGCAUACAUCCAACACCUUUACACUUCACCAUUCUUGUUUAUUGCACACAACGCCUAAUAUCCAUCUUUUACGACUUGGACCAUAGAGGUAUCUAAUCCCUAUUCGUUCUCCUAGCUUUCUUCUCUCAGUGUCAUUGUCGGCCCAGGAUAGUGCAACUACAACAAAUUAAGCACACGAAUACACACAAAAACAAUGGCUAGGAAGAGAAGCUGAAGGACUAAUGAAAACUCAUGAUGAUAAUGGGAAUGUAGCGGAUGCUGCAGCCGGAGCUCAACAACCCCGAAAAAGAUUUGCUGGAGUUAUACAAAGGCCAUCAGGCAGAUGGGUUGCUGAAAUAAAAGAUACCAUACAGAAAAUAAGAGUAUGGCUUGGGACUUUUGACACUUCUGAAGAGGCAGCAAGGGCUUAUGAUGAAGCUGCUUGCUCGCUUCGUGGAGCCAGUACUCGCACGAAUUUCUGGCCGUGCUCUUCUUCUUCCACUUCAGCUCUUCCUCCGAAAAUCCUUAACAUUCUUCUUAGCAGGCUCAGAGAACAAAAUAAAUCCGUAGCAGCUGCUGCUGCUGCAACUGAUGAUGAUUCAUCGAAUUCUACCUCCCUACCCGAAAUUGGUCAUCAGCAGCAGCAGCAUCAAGAAGAAAAACUUGUAGACAGAGUAGCUGAUUUUUCAUAUGCACUGUAUACCGAUUAUCUCUAUUACCCUGAAGAUCAUAUAACUGAUAAUUACGUGAUCACACAAAAUGGCUAUAAUCAGGAAUUUAAUAUUCAGCCUGUGAAUAACUAUAAGAGCUCGAACGCAGAGAUAAUUGAGAUAGGGAAGGCAAAUAGUACGGAUGUAGAAGAUAUAGAGUCAAAUAUUGACUUCCAAUUUCUUGACGAAAUUGGAUCAUGUUACUAUUCGCCAUUUUAUUUAGCUGAAGAGCUAUCAAUGGAGACGAUGGAUAAGGGGGUGGUUUAUGGUGAAGAAACAUCAAUCCUAAGUGAGGCAAUGCGGAGGAUGAAUUACGAGAGGAAGUUUUCAGCUUCUCUUUAUGCUUUCAAUGGUAUCACAGAAUGUUUAAAGUUGCAGAUGAAAUCUGGAGGCGUAACGCUGUCUGAGCAAUUAUCCAGGCUUCGAAACGCAUGCAAAAGGAACCUCGAGGAAGAUGGGAGGGAAUGAAGAAUGCAAUAUCGGAAUGAUUGAGAACAAGGAUGAAGAGAAUUCGUUGGAAGGAGGAAAAUUUUCAUUGAUGCAGUGCUUAUGACUGAAUUCUCCCUAUGGGGCUCUAUUGAUCUCCCACCAAUAUCUAUGUUAGUUGAAAAUAUUGGCAGAAUCAUUUGCGUUCAAUAUGCUAGGCAUAUGUUCAGUAGAUAGAUAAUUAACCAGGAAUGUAUGUUUCAACUGUAAGAUGUUCGAU